CAGCUACCCAGACUGCUAACAAUCAUCAAACGACCCGUUAGACUUGCAGGAAUUGCCAAAGAGACCGCGGAGUUUAGUGGCAAGACUUCGCACAUCGGUUGAUUGAUGGCCUAACAACUGCCGACAACCGACGCGAUGACUCGAUCCGGCGCAAUAAGACACUGCCUGAUGGAUAGCUUGGCUGCUGUUCACCCCUGUAUAGCGCCAAUGUGGAGAUGGAUAUGUGCUCUUUGCUUUUUUUCUCCAGCAUCGGCCCGUCGGAUGGCUUUGUACGGAAGAUUGAAGGGCCUGAGCGACGAGCUGAAAUUACUACCGUUGGAAAAGGAUACGCAUUCCCCUCAGUACUUUCUAUGCUGUGUCCCCUCAUUCCCUUCGAAAUUCCCACUUUCCCUUUAUUUUCCGCUUUUCCUUUUGGACCAGUGUGGCUUCCAUCAAACGGGACCAGCUUGAAGCCACCCGGAGGCAGGAGUAAUUUCCCGACAAUCCGUCACAUUUCGCUGUUGAUCGCCCCAUAGAAACAAACCCCAAGGCUUGGCCUAUGCCUUGGUGCAACAUUUGGCUGUAUACACCGGGAAUUUCUCCAUUAUCAGCACGGGUAUCGUCG